CUCACCGAAAGCAUCGCGUUUCUUUCUGCAGAGACUCCAGUCCAGCAAAGUGUGUAUUGGUGAUCAAAAGGAGCCGCUCACUCUCUGUGCUGAAAGUGAUUCGCCUUAGCUGCUUCCCGAGCUGCUAGCAAAUUAUCGCUGCUUCUUGACUACCCGUAUUUUGUUUGCUCCCAAACAAAAGGGUUUGCCGGUGAUUCAACGCAUUGGCCACUCUUUCCACGAUGACGUGAGUGUCCGUUGAGAGCUGCGGUCGACGCGCUGGUGAAAAAUCGCAAUGCAGAGUAUUUCGUUACUGUGGUAUCUGCUGCACGUUCUAGUUCACCUGGCCAACUCACAAGGACUGGACAACAGGUGCUACUUGCAGACGGGCGGCUCGGCUGAGAGCUUUUUCGUCUCGGAAGACUCCCCCGUGGGCUCAGUCGUAGGCUCGGUCAGGGUGUUUGGCGACCCUAGUGAGCGAGGCGACAUUUCCCUGCGGCUCAAAGAGACUGACUCACCGGUGCAGAUUGCGCCGGGCACAAACAAUCUCACGCUCACCAGGCAACUCGAUAAGGAGGGAAUUGAAGGACCCUCUUCCGUCUACGUGAACGUGGUAUGCGAUCGAAAGAGAGCACCAGGCGAUCCAAGUUUUGUGAUCCCUGUCAACAUUAGAGUAUCUGAUGCCAACGACAAUGCACCUCAAUUUAUUAAUGCACCAUAUGUUUUGAAUAUAUCUGAAGUUACAGUGGUUGGUACGAGAGUAAUGCAAGGCAUCAGGGCCGUUGACGUUGACCAAGAAGGACCCUAUUCUACAGUGCAAUAUUCCGUUGUUCAAGGACCACACUCGGAUUAUUUUGUUUUUGUCAACGGAUUGGAGGGAACACUGGUUUUGAGGAAAGGACUUGACUACGAAAACCUUACUAAUUUCACUGUAACAUUGCGGGCCCAGGACCAAGGCAAUCCUCCUCAAGUAACAGACACGGCUCUGUUUGUAAAUGUGAUCGACGCUGACGACCAAAAUCCACGCUUUUACGAUGACCGAUACAUGGCUGUUGUUCCGGACAGGCCUCUUCAGGGAACCGAACUUCAGUUGCAUCCAAGAGACAUAAAAGCUUUCGAUCAAGACGUUGGAAUAAAUGCUACAAUCCUUUAUUCCUUCAAUGGAGUAACUGGGGACUACAGAUUUUUCGAAAUCGACCAAACGUCGGGAAAGGUAACCUUGCGAAGGCACAUAAAUGAUGAUGACAUUUUACAACCCGCGACCCUUGUCGUCAGAGCUUCCCAGCAUGACAACCCUGACAGGUACUCCCUGGCCACCCUGACCGUGGCCCGCGUUGGCACCAGGGGUGCAGAAAUGCUAACAUUUUUGCAGAAGGAAUACACGGCUAGUGUUCUUGAAAGUCUGCCUGUUGGAAAUGUAAUUGUGACGUUGCUAACGUCCAGACCAGGAGACAAAAAAGUGCGAUUGUGGGUAGAAGAGCGUGGAAAAUCUGUUGGAAAUUUUGACGUCUCAGCCAACGGCGACGUCACUCUUUUGAAGCCUCUGGAUUACGAACUGAGACAAAAAUACACGUUUUUGGUGCACGCCACCGACGGAAUAAUGAAUUCGUCGGCGAGAGUGGAGUUGCGCGUGCUGAAUGUGAACGACUGGGAUCCACGCUUCAGAUAUCCGCAGUACGACUUCCGCAUCAGCGGGCGCCAAUUACCGGUCACCAACGCUUUAGUGGGGACCCUGGAGGUCGCUGAUGGCGACUUGGGAGAUAAGAUCAGCCUUGAGCUGAGAGGUCCAUCAGCCAGGGCGUUUAACAUCAACGACCAAGGUGAAAUUCGGCUGAUUCGGCCGGAACUUCUUAACUCAAGCACGGCUCACUUGGUGGCGAUUGCAAUGGAUAGUGGCCAACCCCCUAGACAGGCGUCCGUUCCGAUCACAGUCAGUUUUCCCGAGGCGAUCGGACUCAGAGGCGCAAUAGAAGAGCCAAACAGCAGACCGGCCCUUUUAGCCACGGUCUUAGGGUCCCUUUUGGGACUUUUAGGCCUUGUAGUUUUCCUUCUCCUCAUCUACAUUUAUAAACACAAGAGCAAGACCAAGAGUAACCGAAUUGACGAGGACGGCAGGGAUAAACUACCCUCCAAGAUGGACAACCCUCUUUUUGGAGGGACGCAGUUUUUGACAGCAGGCAGCAGACUAGGUGCCAAUGACCUUCCCACUCUAUACACGGCCACUGUCAAAAGAGGUCUUAAUGGAGCAAGCAUGAUGUCGAGACAAGUAGCUCCGGCGCCGCCAAAGGUGUCUUGGCCCAAAGGGUCCAUCCCCAGGCGCGUGAAGAAACUCAGCUGGGACGACGAGAACCAUUCCACCAGCACCGUCAGCCCCACGCCGAAUGGACGAAGGACGGAACUGGAUCCUGACGUGAGCGUUACACCGCUGAGCAACCACAAUGAACCGAGUCUGACGGUCUAUUUUUAAACGACGUCUACGUCCAUGCACACCGCGCGCAACGAAACCCAUGAGAAUGUACUACCAUUGUGAUUUGUUCAAUGAUCUUUUUCAAUUUUGUAUAGAAUAAAAUGAAUUUUGUAAAUACGAUACGAAUUUUGUAAGUUGAUUUAAGAUUAAAUAAUCUAGAACGUGAACAAAAA